CCCAAAGUCAAUCCGGAGAAUCUUAUCACAUGCACAGUGUGUCGUGUAAUAAACAAAACAAUUUACAGUUUUCUGCCUGUAACAUCUUACUUUUUAAAUUCUCUCUUUGCCAUUGUUCCUGGGUAAAAUAAAAAGAUAAACCAAAUAAAGCACCAUCUUCCUCACGUUUGAUGUUGAAGAAGAAAUUAAACGACAAUUUGUGUACAGAAACUAAAAGGGAUCGGAAAAAAGGGGAACACAAAUAUAGAUGCCACUUUCAUGUUUCCCUUGCUCUUAGCUGUUGCAGCAGUUUUAGCGUUAGGAUGGAAGGCGUUGAAUUGGGUAUGGUUUGAACCCAGAAAGCUGGAGAAGAAGCUCAGAGAACAAGGAUUCAGAGGAAAUCCUUACAAUUUUCUCCAUGGAGAUUUAAAGGAAAUCUCAUCCUUGUUUCAGCAAGCUCACUCCAAGGCUAUCAAUCUAUCGGACGACGUCGUUCCUCGGGUCAUUCCUCACCUCCACCAAACCGUGGAAAGAUAUGGCAAAAAUUCGUAUUUAUGGUUGGGGCCUAAACUAUCCCUGCUAAUCACAGAGCCUGAUCUGAUAAAGGAAGUCGCAAAUAAAAUUCAAGUGUUCCAAAGACCUCGAUCAAAUCCACUUUCUAGAUUGUUAGCUGAAGGGAUAAUUGCUUACAAUGGCGAAAAAUGGGCCAAACACAGAAAGCUUCUCAACCCAGCUUUUCAUGUGGAGAAAUUGAAGCUGAUGAUACCAGCCUUUUAUGAGAGUACUAGUGAGCUGUUGAGUAAAUGGGAGAACAUUAGUUCAGAGGAAGGAUCGGCCGAAGUUGAUGUUUGGCCCAAUAUUCAAACCCUGACCAGUGAUGUCAUUUCCCGGGCAGCGUUUGGCAGUAAUUAUGAAGAAGGAAAGAGGAUAUUUGAACGUCAAAGGGAGCAAGCUGCGAUUUUGGCCAAAGCUGCCCGUUCAUUAUAUUUCCCUGGAUUGAGGUUUUUACCUACAAAGAGGAACAUCAGAAUGAAACAAAUCGCGAAAGAAGUCACAUAUUCGAUUAAGGAAAUUAUCAAUGCGAGAGUGAAGUCGAUGCAAGCAGGGAAAACAUACGGCGAAGACUUGUUGGGCUUACUUCUUGAAUCCAACUCUCAAGAGAAUGAUAAGAAUGGGAUGACUAUUGAGGAAGUGAUUGAAGAGUGCAAACUGUUCUAUUUUGCUGGACAAGAGACCACUUCUUCCCUGCUUGUUUGGACUAUGGUUUUGUUGAGUCAGUAUCAAGAUUGGCAGUUGCGUGCUCGAGAAGAGGUUCUGCAAAUCUUUGGAACUAACAAGCCAGAUUUCAACGGGCUUAAUCGCCUCAAAAUUGUUAACAUGAUAUUGCACGAGGUCCUAAGAUUAUAUCCACCAACAGCAACUCUUGCUCGAAAAUGCACAGAAGAAACUAUUAUUGGAAAUUUGGUGCUCCCUGUUGGAGUAUCACUCAUAAUCCCAACUUUGCUAAUUCAUCAUGACUCCAAAAUAUGGGGUGAUGAUGCCAAUGAAUUCAGACCAGAGAGGUUUGCAGAAGGAGUUUCGCAUGCAACAAAGGGCCAAGUCGUGUUUUUCCCUUUUGGUUGGGGGCCUCGUAUCUGCAUCGGACAAAAUUUUGCACUGUUGGAAGCUAAAUUAGCUAUGGCCAUGAUUUUACAGCGUUUUUCUUUUGAACUUUCACCAUCUUACUCGCAUGCUCCUCGCUCUGUAGUAACCGUUCAACCUCAGCAUGGUGCUCAUUUGAUUUUGCAUAAACUGUAAUUACUUGUGUUAUGACCAGAAAAUUGUCAUCGGUGUUAUGAUAUAGAGAGUAAACCUGAAAACUGGAAUAAUUCCUCUGUGCUGUUUGAUUUGACCAUUUCAGAAAAGAUAUUAAAAUCCAACGACAAUGUCUAGGAAAUUUCCAAAAGAAAAGAUACUCCAUAUGUUCCAAAAUUAUUG